AUGUCUGGGAUGUACGGUUCCGGCGGAGCGGGCGACCUGCUCCGCCUCCCCAUGGUGGCGGUGACUAUGGUAGAGCCGGAGGCGGAGGCAGAGGCAAAGGAUAUGGUGGAAAUUCUCAGAAUCAAGGUCAGUGGCAGUGGAGGAUAUGGAGGAGGAGGAGGGUAUCAAGGUGGUGGCGAUCGAGGGAACCGAGGCGGUGGAGGAAAUCGGGGUGGCGGUCGUGGCGGCGGCAACGACAGCGGUAGAGAUGACGAUUGGCUAUGCCCUAACUCUAGCUGUGGGAAUCUGAACUUUGCGGGAAGAACUGAAUGUAAUAAAUGUGGUACUCCGAGUCCUGCUGGAGCAGGAGAUCAGGGCGGCGGCGGCGGCUAUAAUAGAGGAGGAGGAGGUAGUGGUGGGAACUGUGGCGGAAGAGGUGGCAGUUACAGCAGCGGCAGCGGAGGAAGGGGUAGUUCUUAUGGCAGGGAAGAUAGUGGAUAUGCUCAGGUUCCUCCCCCUCAACCGGCUUCUUAUGGUGGUGCAGGUGCAGAUGGAAAUUACCCCCCACCCCCAAAUUCUUAUGGUGGAAAUAGUAAUUAUGGUUCCGAGCCAGUUCUUCCGCCGAGCUAUGCUGGUGGUGGGCCCAAUUCAUACCCUCCGAGCUGUGGCGCUCCUCCAAAUAGUUAUGGUGGAGAUGGGUCAGGUGAUAUGUGGGGGAGCGGUCGAGGAGGGCCACUGGUUGUAGCUCCUGGCUGAGAUGGUGGCGCCCCCCCUCGACCACCAGUUGGUGGCUAUGGUGGUGCUCGGUUGGAUCCUCCUGCGAAGAUUAAGCAAUGUGAUGGGAAUUGUGAUGAUACAUGUGACAACUUUCGAAUUUACAUAUCGAAUUUGCCGCCGGAUGUUAAUUUGGACGAAUUGAGAGAACUUUUUGGAGGGAUUGGGCAGGUGAGACCUGUUUGUUUC